ACUAGGGGAACGACUGGCCGGUCAGUCGACGGCCGCGGCGCGCGCAGAACGCGCGUGCUAAAAUUCCCGCCAUCCAUUUACAUUUUGAAACUUUUAUUUUUAUUCUGUGCUGUGUUGUGAUUUUCAAUCAAACAAAGGAAUAUUCGACAAUAUCGAUAUUUGUGGGGAUGUAACCGAAGAUAUUUCUACGUGUUUUCUUAAUUCAUACUUUCCAUCGAAUAACUAAAGCCGCGAAAAUGUCCAACGGUAACGCAGGAGACACCACGAACCACGUGGAAAACGGCAUCAGUGAUGAAAAUCGCGGCACCACCUACUUCUUUUCCAGACCUAGAUCGAGCGCGACGUUGAAACAGAGGAUACAGCUGUUCUUGUCUAUCUAUUGGAAGUCUCUGUUGAUCGUGCUGACACCUAUUCUUCUGUUGCCGAUACCCAUUAGAAAUAAUGAGCCGGCAUUCAAAUGCAUGUACGUCGUUCUCAUAAUGGCGACCUACUGGGUCUUGGAACUCCUUCCCCUCCCCGUGACGUCCAUGCUGCCCAUAGUCCUCUUCCCAACCAUGGGCAUCCUGGACUCCGACAAGACCUGUGCAGCGUACAUGAAGGAGACCAAUAUGAUGUUCAUGGGUGGUCUGAUGAUAGCUGCCGGGGUACAGCAUUCGAAGUUACCGAGGAGAGUUGCAUUGUGGACUGUGCAAGUCGUUGGAUGCUCUCAUAGAAGACUAAACUUCGGCCUAACGUUCGUGACCAUGUUCAUCUCGAUGUGGGUCUCCAACGCCGCCGCCACCACAAUGAUGGUGCCCAUAGUGGAGGCCAUUCUUGAAGUCCUGGAGUCCCAGGGUCUGGGGGAUGUGUAUAUUAAUAGGAAGAGGCCGGAAAAUGGAAAGGAGGUUAAAGGGAAGGAUGAGAAAACUGAGGAAGAAGCCCCAAUCCCGAGUGACAUCACAAUCUGUUACUACCUGAGCAUAGCUUACGCCUCUACCCUAGGAGGCUGCGGUACUUUGGUCGGCACAGCUACCAACUCUGCCUUCAAGGGGAUAUUCGACAGUGAGUUCCCUGAGAUCCACCACGCAGUGAACUUCUUCUACUUCAUGGCGUACAGCACGCCACCCAUGUUACUGAUGCAGCUGCUAGUCUGGGUCUCUCUACAAGUCACUUUCAUGGGCAUGUUCAGACCAAACAGCGAAGCCGCCAAGAAGGUGCAGCUGGCUUCCGGCUCCAAAACCACCAUGAAAGUCAUCAACGAGAAGUACAAGAGCCUCGGACCUGCCACCUUCCACGAAAAGGUUUCAGGCGGUUUGUUCAUCCUGGCAGUGUUCAUGUAUAUCUUCAGGAAGCCCGGCUUCAUGCCUGGCUGGGCCGACUUGCUUACCACCAUGAAAGUUAAGGACGGUGUGACGUCCAUGUUCAUCGUGGUCCUCAUGUUCAUCCUGCCCAUGUCCAUGGACUUCCUCAAGUUCUUCUCCUCUUCUGCAUCAUACGAGGAGCUGGCCAAAGCCAAGCCCUCCCCCGGCGUGGUGACGUGGAACAUCCUCAAGGAGAAGAUCCCGUGGGGUCUACUUUUCUUGCUGGGUGGCGGGUUCGCCCUCGCCGAAGGCAGCAAGGCCACCGGGCUGUCGGCCAUGAUCGGGAGCUCCCUGAGCGGGCUGCAGGGCCUGCCGCCGUACGUGGUGCUGCUGGUCGUGGUGCUGGUCACGCAGUUCAUCACGGAGUUCACCAGCAACGUCGCCAUCGCCAACCUCAUCCUGCCCGUGCUGGCCAAUAUGGCACGCACAUUGAAGAUGGACCCGCGCUACCUCAUGAUCCCAGCCACAUUAGCUUGCUCCAUGGCUUUCCACAUGCCGGUCGGCACGCCACCCAACGCUAUCGUCGCCGGGGUCGCGCACAUACCCACUUCUAAGAUGGCGAUCGGCGGCAUCGGCCCCAAAAUCAUCACCACCCUCGUCGUGUGGGGCUCCUACCCGCUCUACGGGGACACGCUCAUCUUCAAACGGGAGGACAUCGAAGCCCUCCACCUCUUCGACGACAAGCCCCUCUCCACCCCCCACACCCCCAGCCUACAGCUCUCCUGUAAUAAUACUACAACUAAUGAUAUCUUGAACGGUACCAACAGGUUUGGCUGUAACCUGUCGCAGACUAAUUCGGCGUUAAAGGGUCUGAUCAAUUGUGAGUAUGUAGCUAAGAGAUAAUUUAUGGUUUCAGAAGGAUUUGCUGAAGGUUUAGUCUAGCUUGUAUUGUAUAAAUCGAAAACUUAAGCUUUACUUUUACACUACUGCCUAUCCUCCUAAGUCCCAGUCAUUUUCGCAGUUCUAAAUAUGGAAACUUUUUUCCAUUAUAGUUCAAAAUUCGAUUUGAUUUUGUCCACCUUUUUGACGCCAAUGACGGAUAUCUUUGACGGAUUAAUCCGUCACAGACCACAGAGCAACAUAGACCUACGUGCAUAUGCACUUCAACUUCAGUUUCAACACUUCGGUGAUGUGGCGUCCGAGUGACAGCUUUUGUGUUUGACACGGCGUCGAAAAGGUUAAAGGACAUCGGGACUUAGGACUCUCUUGGGCGUUGUAAGCUCUGCCAUCUUGUGGCCUAAAUUGGAGUAGAAUUGACAUUGACACUUUGCGACGGGCGCUCCAGUGCUGCCCCCUACAGUUAACGCACACUCCAUAUAGGUAUCAAAUACCCAUCUGUAAAUGGACUAGCUAUGUGUUUGUUAUAAUAGGAUUCGAAAUUCGUUGUAAUAGGGAAUGUUAGGUACGCAGAACUCUGAGUAGAGGGCGUCACUAGCACAAUCACAGGACCUACUGCGAAACGCGAAAAUCUUAAGUUCGGUUUCCUCUCUAUCACUCUUGCAUAUUCGAUCGAUAGAGAGGCAGAUAACGAAAUUUCGAUUUUCUCGUUUCGCGGUACGCCACCUGUAAACAAACCGCCUUGAUGCAUCAAUGUCAUAGUGAAAACUUGUCAAAAAACUGUUUAUCGCAUAGUAUUUAUAAGUUACUCUAUGGUUUAGAAUGUGCACUAGUGCUGCACUCUGGCGGCAGAACAUUGCAGUAAUAUUCCCUAUUAAUGAACAUUUUUCGAUACACGAUGUGAACCGUGCCUAUUUUAGUCGAAAAAAAAAUUCUCAUAAAUUUCUCAACAUAAAAUUGAUACUUUAAAAUGUUAAAUUUUUACCAAGAUAUUUAUUUCAACGUCAAAAACCCUUUUAGCAAAUCAAUUCGGAACAAACUGUAGUUUUGGUACGAUAAACCGCCACGAUUACUUUGUAAAAUAUUAGAAAUGACAAUUACUUGGAACUAAAUCAUUUCGUUUAGAAAUUUAAAAUGUUGUACGAAGACACGAAGAGCUGUAGAAGUAUCUACAUAAAAUUAUAAAGUCACAUUAUUUUGAAAAAUCUUAUGAAUCAACCCAGUAGGCAUUUUCAUAGCGCAAAAAAAUCUCAUAUAAAUGCCCAGAUUUUGGCAUAAAUUUUCUAUGCAUUGAACAAGCAUUUGUAAUCGAAAAUUCAAUUUGAUUUCUUAUUCAAAUCGUAAUUGAUUAUAUUUUAUAUAUUUUUGUAUUUAUUUACAGAGGUAAACUUACCCCUUUUAGGUAUAUCGUGUAGUUAACAUUUGCAUAAAUGUUUAAAAUCAGGAAAAACCAAAAUAAGUGAAAUAUACUGCAUGAUUAUUUGGUAUAUUUGGACGUAUCAAAACGGGGCCCACCAUCAAAAAGUCUUUUGACUUCGGGAUGGGUCAAUUAUGUCUAAAUAUAUAAAAAACAGCAUUUACAUUUCAUGCCCACCGACACAGCAGUCAAAUUUAAUUUGUAAAACUAUCAGAAAUGUGUAAAUAGGAUCUCUUUUCCAGUUCUAUAUGAGCAUAACACCUCUGACGUUCUCUUCGCAUUUUAUACAGGUCUAAUAGCCUAAUGAUUACUUUUUCAAUUCUGGUGUUUUUUUUUUUCGUUAAGCCACAAUGCAAGAUGAUUAUAUAGCUGAAUAAAUUUACCCUCCAAAUGUGUCCAAGAUGGGAAAUAAAUGGUUGAUUUAUAUAUUUCGACUGAUUUGUCUACAUGACCUGCAUAAUCGUCUCGUUGAAAAACAUUAUGUAUUUAUGUCAAUUAUUUUUAUGACUUAAUGACCCGCUGUGAUGGAUUUAAUAUACAAUAUAUGUCAAUAGAUCUGAAGAAAUAGGAAUCAAUGAUUGAUUCGCCAAUAAGUAGUUAAUAUUGAGGAGUACGUAGGUUUUAUUUUAUACCAAAAACUUAUUUAUUGUAGUUGUCUAAAACAUCUUUGAAAUUGACUCCUAACAUGUCGCUUUACGGGUUUUACCUUUGGUUGUCAAAAGAGUUCAGUUAUCAUAAAACAUGGCGCCGUAAAGCGCCAUCUACUUACGCUGUUUACCUUAGACUUGACUGUUUUACAAUGAAUAAGUCUUUGAUUUUUAAAUAUUAAAACGAAUUAUGAUUGAAUGAGUUUGGUGGUAGGGUGGUGUACUGUUUCAUACUCAUUUUUUUGACGCGUUAUUUGGUGCCACAAUCGUGUUGAAGUAUAUGCUCAAAUAAUUUAAUUGAUGUGAAACUUUAAUUGAUUAAAAAAAAUACUGCAUGUGUAAAUAAGUCCGUCUAAACUUCCUCUGAACUCUGUAACGACUUUGACGAAGUGUGGAGGUACCAUAAUAAACGUCAUAUUUUAAUGUAACUUACGUCUAUGGUGACACACACUUUUACAUAGCAAAGUCUUUCCAGAGUCAGAGAUUGGGAGAUUUUUCUGAGCAUUCAAUGUUGUCACAGAAAAAGAAACUUAACUCAUUGUAAUAUUUCGUAUAAUUUUCUAAAAAAAGUGUUAAAAUUCGAUAUAUACUUAUUUCUUGACAAACCCUUUUAUAUAAAGUCAAGAUAUAUUUUGGAAAAUACAUUGUGAAAACAAAAUUGAAAUUUAUUUUUCGAAAUCUAUACCAGCCCAAAUAAUAGUCAUAAAAAAUGAUUAUGUUAUUUAUUGUAGUACAUAAUUGUUUUCCAUCGUAUUUUCUCGGAAACGUUCGUAUUUGUCAUGGUACUUCACUCAACCUCAGUACUUUUUGCAGGACUCAGUUCGUAAGUUUCCGUGAAAAUACGAUAGAAAAAAAUUAUGUACUACAUCUGUAGCAUACUAAUUGUGAUAUCUAAAGCUGUUUAUAAUAAUUUUAUAUAUUAAUUGCCUUAAGCAAAUCUCUAUUUUUUUACCCAAAACCAAAUGAGAAUUGAGUUGACUAUUAUCAAAUACUGAACCCUUGUUACUUGCGUAUUUUUUACAUGCAAUUAAUGUUCCCACCCUCCCUCCUCCUCUGUUAUGUUGCGUAUUUAUUUAUAUUUAUUUAUUUAAUUUAUUUAUUUAAAUAUUUAAAUCGGGCAACAAGGCCCAUAUUACAAAUACUUUACAGACUAACAUAUAUAUAUGCAUUAUAUAAACUUAAAAACUAAACACUAUUUAGGCGACAAAACGGUGUGGCUCCGUUGAAUCGUCUGGUCUUGCGGUGGGAGGAUUUUUGCGGUGGGAGGGAGGGUGGGAACAUUAAUUGCAUCAAAAAAAAAUUACUGGCAUGUUUUUUUUUGCGCGGAUUAGCAAAGUAAUAUUUUGGUAUUGAUUUGUUUGUCAGUCAACUCAAUUAUUACAAAUGUCAGAAGCUGCCAGAGAAAAGAAGUUGCAUUUUAGAAAGAAAUUGUUACAAGAUGUAAUAUUAUAGGUACAUUUAAAUUGUUUUGUAAAAGUGCAAUAAAUUUCAGGCGCUGUUGCGAGUUGCCAUAAUAAAUAAAUAUUUCAAGACCAAAGUCAAAAUUUAAUAUUUAGGACAGUAUGUUUGGGUCAAUUUUUGGGCAACUGGCUCUUAAGGGGCCCACUGAUUACCAGUACGCCGGACGAUAUCGGCCUGUCAGUUAUUCGGAACUGUAAAUUUUUUGUUCUAACUGACAGGCUGAUAUCGUCCGGCGGACUGAUCAGUGGGCCCCUUGAGUAGUUGAUUAGGGAAUACAGAGUUAAAGCGGAACGGAUAAAGUGUUGACUUUGGCAAAUUAUUUAAUUGAAGUCAAUGCAUAUUCAUUUGACAGUGAAUUUAUUUUUUAACUGUUUUAGUUGAGCGCCUGACGUGUGAAUCUGUAGAUGUUUUUGGAGGCGGGAAGUCUCAAAACUACUGUAGACUUUAGAUAUAUUAUAUUGAGACGAUAAAUAAAUAUGUAUAGUUUGUGUACAAAUGCUUUUCAUUGUGACAAUAAAAACACUAACUUUAAACGAAGUUAACACUAUGUGAAGAAUUAACCCUUUGAUCGCCAAAGACGUUGACUGUCGCGCGCGGCUACAGCCUAAUAUCAACCUUCGUGCAUUGCGACAAGGUUCACGAUUACGCGCCGCACACAAAGUCCUGACACUCUUUGAUAGAGAAACAUAGUCUUAUUGCGAUUCCUAUAAGAGGAAAGAGGAAAUAGUGCCAUGCUUUGUCCUUAUCGCCGACCGGGUGGCAUCAUAGGUAGGAGGCGAUGGCGAAAUACCGAAAUUUAUGUGAAAGAGAAAAAAUCCUAUGCUGUCCAAAUUUUAUAUGAAUAUUCUUUCUCUUACCCCCGGUCGCUCGGUGGCGCGUCUAUAACUACUUGUUACUAUACAUACAUAUAUUAUUAUACUCUGUGACUACUUGUACCUAUAUACCGAAAUUUGCAGCAGCGUUUAUAUAUGCAAUGGCGAUCCUUUGUAUUUUGACAAAGUUAUUAGUUGUAGAUGAGGUUUAAAGUCUAAGCAAAAUUCGCACAUUUUACGAUAAUUCUGACUGUCAAAACUCAAAAGUUGAAGUUUGAAUAUCCGGAUAACACAAAAAAAGUUCGGCGCCGUGUCCAAUUUGAGGUCACGAUUUUUUGGACUUGACAAUUCUUUUACAAUAAAUAACUCUAAUUUUUCAUCAUGUAAAUUUAACCAUGUCAAUUUUAUAUUGUCUUCGGUUACCGCGAUAGUUACUCAUGAAAUAAAACUAUGAAAACGGAUUAUAGCUAGCCUUAUGAACCGAUUUUGCAUGUACAACCACCAGCCUUAAAGUUCAUAGUAAAUUUUUUGGUAUGUGGGUAUUUUUGCACUUUGUAGUUUUUCCUCAGUCACCCGUUGACCACGAACGCUGUAAAGGGUUCGAAACGUCGGCAUGUAUUAUAAAUUCAAUAUACAAAAAAAAUACAAAAAUACAAAAUUAUUUAUUGCCAGAAAACAUUGUUAACUAAUUUUUCACAGUGACUCUGACACUAGCACGCGAUAUAAUCCGUUUUCAUAGUUUUAUUUCGUGUUAAUGUUUUUUUAACGUUGUGGCUGGCUCUUUAUUUUUUUAAAGACAUUUGAAUUAAAGUUGGUUACACUUCUCUAUGUAUCUUGUCUAUGUUUUAAAGACUGUUGGAAGAAAACUAUAUAUUUUGUAUUAUUGUAUAUAGAUGCCUAUAUUGUGAUCAUGUAUUAUUUGUUGUCUCAGAUGUAGAUGUAGUUGAAAUUAUUUGAGGUGCUGACACAUUUGUAAGAGUUAUUUUUUUGGAACUUCACUUCAAAUUAUUUCAAAUAUUAAAACUCAUUGUGUAAAUAGAAAAACUAAUUUGUAUUGUUGUUAUUGGUAAGAAAUAAAUGGUUGAAAUUUUU